GUGAAAGGUUAGGAUAGGCUCCAGCAUACCCCCGCAACCCCGGCGAGGACAAGCAGCAUAGAAAAAGAAUGAAUGAAUGAAGCAUACUCAUAGUGAGCCUUGCCCAAAGGCACUUUGGGAUUGCCUGAGAAUCAAACUAGCAAAUCUCUGCAACUGCCAGUCCUGUUCCAUCACGAUCUCCCUGUUGGAAAUCUUGUGUCCAUCACUGACCAUGGAUCCAGUACCUGGCUUCCUGACAUUCCAACACAGCCCCUCCCCUCAGCGACAACACACCAGCCCCCUUUUUCCUCCCCUCCACACCCCUUUCACCAUCUCCUAUGAAGUUGAAGCUAAUCCUGCCAGAGUUUGCACUUCCAACAAGACAGACCUCAUUGGAAGGACCCGGCUGGAUGGACUGGUUUUGGUUUUGGUGACUGGAGCUGGAAUUAGAGCUGUCAAGAACAUCCAGGUCCCGGCUUGAGUCUUGAUCAGCUCACCUGACUCACCUGGUGGAUGGUGGUCCCACCCUGGAUGGGGCUGUUCUACGUGGAGGUUGCCAGGUGCUACACGUCCGUCUGGUGAAGGCAGAAUGGUGAGGCCAGUCUAUCCAGUCAUUCUGCUCUUUAUCGGCAGCAUCUUUGCUCUCACUGGAGUUAGUGCUCAGGACAUCCUGUAUCCAUAUGGUCCUGCCCACAUGGAUCUGGUGACCCCCAAGAUGGACGAUGGGAGUUCUGCUGAAAUUCCUUUGCUGAUCCCGUUCAUCUUCUUCAGCAUCCCCUACCGCACCAUCUACGUCAACAACAACGGAGUGAUAUCUUUCAAUGAGCAAGUCAGCCAGUUCACGCCUGAGGCGUUCCCCCUGAGCGACAGCAGAUCGUUCGUUGCCCCCCUGUGGGCGGACGUGCACAAUGGGAUCCGCGGUGAUGUCUAUUACAGAGAGUCUACCCAAGUAGAAAUACUGGAAAGGGCAACACAGGACGUCCGCAGGCAUUUCAAAAGCGCGCCCAACUUCACAGCCACCUGGGCCUUCAUCGUCACGUGGUAUCAAGUGACCUUCUAUGGGGGCAGCCAGACCACCCCGGUGAACACAUUCCAAACUGUGCUAAUCUCAGAUGGUGCCAUGUCCUUCGCCAUGUUCAACUACCAGGAAAUCACCUGGAGCACAGGCACAGCCAGUGGCGGAGACCCUCUGACUGGACUCGGGGGGACCACAGCUCAGUUAGGUUUUAACGGCGGAGAAAUCGGACACUUCUUCAACCUGCCGGGAUCGCGGUCCAACGAAGUAGUGAACGUUGAUCAGACGACUAAUGUGAACAUUCCCGGGCGCUGGUUCUUCCGUGUUGAUCCGGAGUUUGUCGACCCUGCCAAUGGCUGCAGUUACAAUGGUCGUUUUUACAGACGAGGAGAGGUCUUCUGGCUGUCUGACCGGUGUUCUCAACGGUGUCGGUGUCUCGACAUCGACAAUGAGGUUCUUUGCCAGGAAUCUCCGUGUGGGCAGCUGGAGACCUGCGAGCAUCAGGAGGGGGCCUUCUACUGCCAGCCUUCUCGCACCAGCACCUGCGUGGUGUUCGGAGACCCACAUUACCACACCUUUGACGGCCUGCUCUACCACUUUCAAGGCACCUGCACCUAUCUGCUGGCUAGACCUUGCUGGGAAGUACCAGGGCUACCAUUCUUUAGUGUCGAGGCCAAAAACGAGGACCGUGGUGUGGCUGAUGUGUCCUGGCUUCGAGAUGUGACCGUGGAGGUGUACAGUCACAGGGUCACAUUGCCCAAAGGAAAUCUGGGAACUGUUCAGGUGGAUGGUUUGGUGAAGACUUUACCGGUCCAGCUUCAGCUUGGCGCAAUUAGAGUCUACCAGUCCGGGAUGGCAGUUGCUCUAGAGACAGACUUCGGACUCCUCAUAACCUACGACGGCCAGCACUACGCCUCCAUCUCCCUACCUAGCUCCUACUUCAACAACACAUGCGGCCUUUGCGGCAACUACAACGAUGACCCCGCAGAUGAUCCUGUUCUUCCUGAUGGCACCCUUGCGGAAAGCGUGGCGGAGCUUGGGGGAGGCUGGCGGGCGCAGGAUGCCGACUGGCGGUGUACAGACGGUUGCGUGGACAACUGCACCGUAUGCGACCCACUAACAGAAGCGUUUUACUUUAGCGCCGACUACUGUGGACUGAUCAACAAAACGGAUGGACCUUUCAGGGACUGCAGAACUGUGGUGGACCCUACGGCCUUUGUGUUUAGUUGUGUUUACGACAUGUGCAGCAACAAGGACAACAUCACCACACUGUGCCAGGCUGUACAAGCUUACGCUCUAGCCUGUCAGGCCUUGGGUGUCACCAUCCGACCGUGGAGGUCUCACACCUUCUGCACUCUGACAUGUCCACCGUUCAGCCACUACGAAGUGUGCACCAACGCCUGUCCAGCCUCCUGCUCGGACGUCACUGCCCCCUUGUAUUGCGCCCACCCUUGCACGGAGGGUUGCCAGUGCGACCCGGGCUACGUCCUCAGCGGCAACCAUUGUGUGCAGCGCGACGAUUGUGGCUGCGAGCACAACAGCCUCUAUUACCCUCUAAAUGACACUUUUUGGUCCGGGGCCGAAUGCAGCCUCCGUUGUACCUGCGGCACCGCAGGCGAAGUCUCUUGCUUCAACGACUCUUGCAAGGAGGGCGAGGUGUGUGGGGCGGAGGUGGGCAAGUUGGGUUGCUACCCUCGCAGGGAGGGGGUGUGUUCAAUGGCUCAGAACGCUGUGACAUCAUCCUUUGACGGCGCCUUCCUGCUGUUCCCAGAUGACAGCUCCUACUACCUGCUGAGGCUGUGCGGUGCUGCGCCAGCUAACGGCUCAAUGGUGGAGGUGAAGAUAGGCAGACGGCUGGUCAACAAAGGUCCUGCUUGGAAAAGACCUGUGGUAGUUUCAGUUGCUAGCCUGGAGGUUCAAGUGGGAGGGAUGGAUUUGGAAGCGGUCAAGGUCAAUGGUGAACUGACCACCCUUCCUUACGUCCAUCCUUUGGAGACUUUAGCCGUCUACAGAGCGCCAGGUAACGCCACAGUGGUGGAGUCCCGUGGUCGCCUGCGCGUCCUCUAUACGGAGCAGGGAUUCAUCAACAUCUCCCUCUCCACCAUAUUUUACAACAUCACUUGCGGCCUGUGCGGCGUCUUCAACAGCGACGCCAAUGACGACUUCCGCCUCCCAAACGGACGCUUGGCCGAGUCUGCUGAGCAGUUCGUGGAAGGCUGGCGCUCCUCCAUCGCCGAUGACAUCACAUGUAAUGGCGACUGCGACGAACUGUACCGGACGUGCACAGACCUGCGCCUCUACCAGAGCUCGUGGAUGUGUGGAAACAUUAAUGACCCGGGGAACAGCUCUUUUCUGGCAUGUCACGCGGCUGUCAACCCAUCGCCGUUUUUCCGGAACUGCUUAUACAACAUGUGUGUGAAGGAUGGGAACCGCUCUGCGCUCUGCUCUUCACUGCAGGCCUACGCCACAGCUUGCCAGGAUGCUCAGGUCCUCGUCGCUUCCUGGAGGACAGCCACCAACUGCCCACUCCCGUGUCCAGACAACAGCCACUUUGACGAGUGUACCAGCGCCUGCCCGCUGACCUGCUCCGGCUUGGAUGAACCCGAAGAGCCUUGCCGUCUGCCUUGCCGUGAGGGCUGCCGUUGCGAGGACGGCUUCGCCCUGCGGGACGCCCAGUGCGUGCCCCGCAGCGAGUGCGGCUGUGUCAGCCACGGCCACCAGCUGGCCUCCAACCACACUUUUUGGACUGACUGGGAGUGCCAGGAGCGCUGUUAUUGCAACGGUUCCGACAACAGCGUGUACUGCAUGCCGGCACCAUGCCGCCCUGAGGAGUACUGCCAAGAGGAGGAUGGCCUGUACUACUGUCGGCCUCGCACCGAAGCCCUCUGUGUAGCAGCUGGUUAUGGACACUUCCUGCUAUUUGGUGGCGUUCCAUUUGAGCUGCAGAGCUCUUGUAGCCUCAUUAUGGCCACCAGCAACUGUGAGAGAGGGAGCAGCGACCACGCCGCCAUGACAGGAAGCUUGCCUCAAUUUAAACUGGCAGCUCUUAAUGAGGAGAGGGACACGGGACUGGCUGUUUGGGUGAGGGGCUUCGUCCUGGAGGUCUAUGACUUUAAGAUUGAGGUGACUCAAAGCUACAAGAACACCGCCAUGGUGAAUAAGGAGCGUUUAUCCGUUCCCCUAAAACUGGGUCCAGGCAAGGUCAGCAUCUUCACCUCAGGACUGCUGCUCAUCCUGGAGACGGACUUUGGCCUGAAGGUGGCCUUCGACUGGAACACUCUCCUGCUGUUGACUCUACCUCGUCACCUCUACGGCACAUCCUGCGGCCUCUGCCAGGGCCUGCCCUUAACCCCGCCCACACUCAGCAACACCGACUGGGGGGUGGCCUGGGCCGAAAGGGACGCUUUCUGCCAGGUGGGCUGCGGGGACUCCUGCCCACGCUGCAGCCUGGGGGAUGACGGCAUGACAAGUGACGCAGCUCUUGUCAGCACGGACACCGACGAGGACAGCGAUGACGGCGUCAGCGCGAGGAUCCGCUUCCACCUGGGAGACGGACUCUAUGUGUUUAUGGAUCCUGAGGUCCUGACACUGUGCGGCCUGAUCGCGGAUCGGGAGGGCGUGUUUGCACGUUGCCACAGCAAGGUGACGCCGGCGUUCUUUUACCAAAACUGCCUGCAGGACGCUUGCUUGGAUGAGGGAGCUCUGGAGACGGCUUGUAACUGGUUGCAGGUCUACGCCAGCACCUGUCACAGCCACGGCGUGCCUGGUACUGGAUGGCGGGGCGACACCCCCUGCGUCCAGAGGUGUCCUCCCAACAGCCACUAUUCCAGCUGCAUGCCGCCUUGCCCGCCCCAGUGCGCCCCCACCCGUGGCCAGAGGGACUGCAGCGGCAGCCCCCCCGAUUGCGUGGAAGGCUGCCAGUGCGACCAGGGCUAUGUGGUCAACGGCAAGAGCUGCAUCCUGCCCCAAGACUGUGGCUGCUACACAGACGGCAAGUACUAUGAGCCCAAACAGCUGUUCUGGAACACCGACUGCUCCAAGCGAUGUCGCUGCAUCGGUCGCAACCUGAUCCAGUGCGACCCGCGGCGCUGCAAGGCGGACGAGGAGUGUGCCUUGCGCCAUGGCGUGCGUGGCUGCUUCGCCCGGCGCUCCGCCCAGUGCGUGGCAUCGGGCGGCGGCGUGUUCAAGACGUUUGAUGGCGCCUCGCUGCGGCUGGCGGCCUCAUGCUCCUUUGUCCUGUCCACCAACUGCCACAAGCUGCCCGACCUCUCCUUCCAGCUCAUCGCCAACUUCGACAAAGGCAGCACGCCCAACCUCACCACCAUCUCCCACGUCUACCUCUACAUCAACGAGGAGAACAUACUCAUCUCUGGAAACACUGUCAAGGUGAACGGCACGCCGGUAUCCGUGCCGUUCGUCACCGGCCUGAUGACCCGACUGUCCACAUCCGAGGGCUUCGUGGACAUCGACUCACCGCAGGACAUCCACGUACGCUACAAUCGCUUCAACACGCUCAGCAUCACCAUGGGCCAGCGGAUGCAGGACAAGCUGUGCGGCCUGUGUGGCAACUUCAACGGCGUCCCCGCCGACGACUACAUCACCUCCACUGGCAAGGCGGCCGUCAGCGCACUGGAGCUGGCCCAGAGCUGGAAGACCAACGGCAUGCAGAACAGGUGCGAUGUGAGCCAAUAUGCGUCCCUGGCCCAGUCGUGCACCAACACGGCGGUGCGGGCGCUGCAGAGUGAAGACGCUUGCCUGAAGCUGACCGAGCUGAAGGGCUUCUUCCAGCCGUGCCACGGCCUGCUGGACCCCAGGCCUUUCUACCAGUCCUGCUACCUGGACGGCUGCUACAACCAGCGCGGGGCUCAGGUGUGCAGCUCGCUGGCCGCCUACGCCGAGGCCUGCCGCUCCAUGGGCACCCUCACCACCCAGUGGAUCACUCAGGAAAACUGCUCAGAAUGGAUUUACGACCCCUGUGCAACAGAGACCUGCACUAACUUCACCUGCGAGCAGGAGAAUGGAAGCGACCUGUGCGGAUGUCCUGAAUUACCCACCAGCCCUGGAGGCGACGAUGACAUCAUACAGGCGGAGGUGAGCUGCAGGCACGCCCGGAUGGAAGUGUCCAUCUCCAAGUGCAAGCUAUUCCAGCUGGGCUUCGAACGCGGAGACGUCAGGAUCAACGACGAGCACUGCGCCGCCAUGGAGGGCGAGGACUACAUCUCCUUCCACAUCAACAACACGAAAGGACACUGCGGCUCCAUGGUGCAGUCCAACGGCACACACAUCAUGUACAAAAACACGGUGUGGAUCGAGAGCGUCAACAACACGGGGAACGUCAUCACGCGAGACAAAACCAUCAACGUGGAGUUUGCCUGCGCUUACGAGCUGGACCUGAGGAUCUCGCUGGAGACCGUCCUCAAACCCAUCCUCAGCGUGAUCAACCUCACCCUCCCAACUCAAGGAGGGAACUUCAUCACCAAGAUGGCGCUCUACAAGAACUCAGCGUACCGCCAUCCCUACACGGAGGGGGAGGUGGUGCUCAGCACGCGGGACAUCCUCUACGUGGGCGUCUUUGUGGACGGGGCCGACGAAAACCAGCUCCACUUGGUGGUCAACACGUGCUGGGCCACGCCCUCUCGCAACAGCAGCGACCGACUGCGCUACGUCAUCAUCGAGCGAGGGUGCCCCAACGUGAAGGACAACACCAUCGGCAUGGCGGAGAACGGCGUGUCGCUCACCUGCCGCUUCCACGUCACCGUCUUCAAGUUCAUCGGCGAUUACGACGAGGUGCACCUCCACUGCGACGUUUCGCUCUGCGACGCCGACAAGACCGCGUGCAAAGUGAACUGUCCGCCAAAGAGGAGGAUGUACUCCCAGGAUGCCAGGCUGCUGAAAGAGCACAUACUGAGUGUCGGCCCUAUUCGACGACGAGAGUCAGACUGGUGCGAGGAGGACAACGGCGGCUGUGAGCAGAUGUGCACCAGUAAGGCAACUGGUCCAGUGUGUAGCUGUGUGACUGGAAUGCUGCAACCGGACAGGAGGAGCUGUCGGACGGCGAGCUGCAGCAGCAGACUCGCUCCUGCGCUGCUUCUGCCAAGUGCCGCUGUGCUCUCCCAUCUGCUUCCUCUUCACUGACGCACAAUUGCAACGCAGCCCAACGACUGGAAGAAGCACAAUGACAAUUUGUCUCACCAAGUCAGUCGCUUUGCUUUUGUCCACCCCCGAAAUAACGAUGCCAUUUUUAUUCAUGAUGUUAUUCAUGAUGGCUGUGUGAUUUCCAUUACCGCCACUAGAGGGCGCCAUAGAAAAUACAUCCUUAAGGGCCCAGAGUUGUCUGUAACAUCAGUGGACACUUCAUUAGGUACAGCUGCACAUGCUGCACUCACUACAAAAUGAUUAUUAUUGUGUUAUUCCUUCACUGUGUUCCUGAUAUUUUCACUGUGCAGGUGUUCCUAAUGUUUUGGCUGCUCCUGUGUUACUUUAGUGACAAAACACAAUGUCCUCUUUUCAAAUGAAAUGCUGUAAAAACACAAUAUAUGCCCUUUGAAAUGCAUAUUUCUGUGUGUGAGGGUCCUGUAAUACCACAUCAUACCUCAGGAGGCAGCAGUGAGUCACUCACGUGUGAUUUGUGUAUAGGCUCAUCUUGAGUCACGUGUCCCAAUCAGAUUCCGUCACGCAUCGCUCCUUGCGUUGCCAAAACACGCCAUACGAUGAUGUCUGGCAUGGCAGUGCUCUUCUUCCAUCACACUAGGGUUUUAUUUUGAAAGGUCACAGGCUCCCUACAUGGAAAAACCUACAAAGCAAAUAACCGAUGAGUCGAGUUAUGAUUAUCAUUCAUUCACCAAGUUCUCACAAUGUUUAUUUUGCAAUAAAUUCAAGAUUUUUGUUUAUGUAUAAAUGUAUGGGCAUGUGAUGCAAAGCAAUAUUAGAGCAACACACAACAAAAAACACCCAUGACAGCAAAGUCAUGGUUUUAAGAGAAUAAUGUGAAAUAUUAUCAAACUAAAGUCAGAAUAUUAUGACUUGAUUCUACAACAAUAAACCAGAAAAAGCAUAAUUAUAAUUAAUGACAUAGUAUUACAAUAAGUAUGGUGUAAUAUGAUGAAGAAAACGUUGACCUAAAAAAAAAAAGUCAUUUUACGAGAACAAAAGUGUAACUUUAUGGGUGUAAAGUCAUAUAAUUAUAUCAUCUUAUGACAAAGUUAUUGGGGACAUCUAAAUAUUGACUUUCAAUCUUGACAUUCUCAUUGAAUAAAGCUGUAAUUUUAUGUUAAAAAACAUAAUUUAGUGGGUGUAAAGUCAUAAUAUUAAAAAGAAGUCGUAAUCUUACAACAAUAAAGUUGUAAUUGAUUUUUUAAUAGGCAUUUUUUGGAGAAAAAUAUUGUAUUUAUAUGGGAAUUAAUUUUUAACAACAACAAUAGCAUAAUUUUAUGAGUAAUGUCUUAAUAGUACAAUGAAAUCGUAGUCUUACGACAAUACAUUUGUAAUCGUCGGGGGUGUCAUUUUACAAUAAUAAUUUUGAAAUUGUGUGCAAAAAAAUAAAAUUUGUACAAAAACAGGCAUUAUUUUAUGGGAGUAAUGUCAUAUAUAAUACUGCCAAAAAAAAUGUUGUACAUUACGAAAAUAACCUUACUUCAUGUUACAGGUUAUUUUUAUUUUUAUGAGACAAAACAGUGACACUGCCUCUUUAAAUAUAAAAAAGGACUUUUCUGUAAUCUUGGGAAAAAAAUGACAACUUUUAUUCUCACACACUGUUGGUUGUCCAAACAUGACAUUGUUAUCUUUUGUGUAUAUUGUCUGUUCCGCCCUAAUAUUGCUCUGUAGGUCAUGUGACGUGUGUGUUUUCCCAUCAUGGUUUUUGUUGUGUGCAUGUUUGUGUGUGUUCUCAACAUGUUUUAAUAAACCAAGAAGUUCUCAUCAGCCGCGCUCAUGCUCCUCCACACCAAACUCAUCCAACCGCAAACCAUCAACUGUUCUUUUGUAUCGCCUGUGUGUGUGUGUGUGUGUGUGUGUGUGUGUGUGUGUGUCAGUCAACAAGCAGCCUCUUACGUAAGCACGCCACACUUCAACGCACGCCAAGCCACUCUGUCCUGCCGCGUCACAUGUCGCUCAUGCGGGCUGUUAGCAUGCUCCAAUGUCGCCAGCUGACGUGCAGGCAUGCCGACGGAACGCACAGCCGGCCCUAUUUGCCCUCCUUUCCUGCCCUCUGUCGGCCAUUGUUGAGCCGGUUACGUAUGUAGGCGGCUUACAUAACUGUGUGUGGGUAUGUGUGCGUGCGUGUGUGUGUGUGUUUAAGGAAGCAUAUCACUUUGGUCACUUAGUGGACCAACUACAUUAUAUAAUUGUGAUAGACAGAUAUAGUGCGGAACCUUUGUCGGGAAU